GUACAUAUUCAACUCUCAUUUAACUAUUGACUUGUGUAUCAAUCAAGUUCACAUGGCCAUUGGAGAAUCAGGUACACAAGCAAGUUUUACCCAAGGGGCUUUGAGAUCAACAUCUGAGGCACCACCAACUCACUACAUCCUCAAUAUUCAACAAUUUUCCUCAUUAACAAAACACAAUGUUGAAAGAUACGAAUCAAAUGAAUUUGAAGCCGGAGGCUACAAAUGGAAGCUAGUGAUUCACCCAAACGGCAACAAGAGUAAAAAAGCCGGAGAAUUUGUGUCUGUAUACUUAGCCAUGGCUAACACGACCUCCCUCGCGCCUGGUUGGGAGGUCUAUGCCGCUUUCAAGAUCUUUCUACUUGAUCAGAACAAUGAUAUUUACUUAAAACUUGAAGAUGAAAGGACUAACGGAAGACGAUUUCAUCGAUUGAGAACCGAAUGGGGCUUUGAUCAAUUCAUGAGUCUUAAAGAAUUCGGCGACUCUAACAACGGGUACCUUCUAGAAGACAACUGUGUGUUUGGAGCUGAGGUGUUUGUCCGCAAAGAGCGAAGUAAAGGCAAAACCGAGUCUUUGUCACUAGUAAAGGAUGCAGUUAGUUACAAACACACUUGGAGGAUCAGCAACUACUCGAAAGUGAAUGCUGACUGUGAAAAUUCCAACGUGUUCAAUGUCGGAGACCAUAAAUGGAAGGUGCAGCUAUAUCCUAAUGGGAAAGGUGGUAUUGGUGGCUAUAUAUCACUAAAAUUGGCUCUGGCUGAACCUGAAAAGCUUCCAUCUGGAACCAAGAUACUUGCAGAAUUUACUCUUCGUAUGUUGGAUCAGCUGGAUACAAGGCAUUACUAUGGCAAAGCUAGCUACUGGUUUAGCGCUUCAAAUCCGGAAUGGGGUUGGCAAAGAUUCAUAACACAUGGCACGUUCUUUCAGACAAAUAGAGGGUUGAUGUUCAAAGAUGUUUGUUGUAUAGAGGCAGAGGUUGCCAUCCAUGGAGAGGUAACUGUCUUUGGAUAAGUUUAUUCACACAGAACAUUUUAUUUUAUAUGUAUUUGUUCGAUUUAAUAAUAAGGAACUGUACAUAAAUAACAUUCAGAUAGAUCCUUAAAUGUAUAAAACUCCAAUUAAGUUGAAAAGUGAUUAUGUUGUUCACAUUGAACAACUUCCAUAAUAAA